AAAAACCAAAGGAGCCCCUAGAUUUACAGCAACGUCCUUACCUGAGACAAUUCAUUGUGUGCUAGAUCAAUCCUGUCAUCUACCAAUGAGAGUUACAGAUCCUACUGGAAAUAUACCUGUGAUAGGAUUUGGACAAGUUGAUCCAGGAAUAAUUACUUCUCCUCCCACAGUGACACCUAGUGGUAGUAAUACAUAUACAACUGAUGUGGUAGUUACUCCUACAGAACUGGGAAAAAGAAGAGUUUGUGUACAGACAAAGAACACAGAAAAUGUUAAUAUGGAUGAAGUAUGCUACAACAUUGAAACAAGCGAAAAGAAUUCUCCAGGUCAAGGAUCACCAAAGUUUACAGAGCCCACUGUCAGUGAGAAUUCUGUUGUUGUUUGUCAACCAGGACAAACCUGUCACAUACCACUGACGUAUGAGACAUCCAAUAAUAACUGUGAAAAAGUUACUGAAACAAGUUAUAUCACAGGAGUUCAUAUCUUCCAAGGUAGUUCUUCAGUGGGCCAGACAUGUGCUGUAGAUGUAGGUUUUACACCAACCCCUGAUGCUGGUGGUACACAACAUAUGUGCUUCAAAUCUGGGUUUUACACAAACCCAUGUGUUGGUACACAACAAAUGUGCUUCAAACCUGGGUAA